ACUACAAGCGAAAGAGACAGGACCUCGUAUAAUAUCUUCGGGCUCGAACAGACAGCCAACACGAAAAAAAAAAAACACUUCUUAGGAACAAACUUGACAUCUGAAGCCGAGUCUACAACUUCCGUUGGAGACUUCUUUUUCUCUCCGAUCUUUGGGAUUUUUGUCAGCGAUGAUGUACACAGGCUUCGGAUCCGAGUGUGACUCCACUUCCCGCUGCAGCACUGCCUCACCAGCCGGCGAAAACUUCGCUUAUUAUCCGUCUCCCACGGGCUCCUAUUCCAGUAUGGGCUCUCCUCUCACCCAGUCUCAGGAGUUCACCGAUCUCACCGUUUCAAGUGCCUCUUUCAUCCCGACCGUCACGGCGAUCUCCACUAGUCCGGACUUGCAGUGGAUGAUCCAGCAGACCAACCUCAUCUCGUCGGUCGCUCCGUCCUACAGCGCCGCCAGCCCCUACAGUGUCCAGAGAUCGACUCCAGCAUACACCAGAGCAGGGAUGAACAGGACUGUCGGAGACAAGGGCCCCAACUCUCGCAAGAGAGGCAACACUGAACAGCUUUCCCUUGAGGAGGAGGAAAGGAAAAGGAUUCGCAGAGAAAGGAACAAAAUGGCUGCAGCAAAAUGCCGCAACAGAAGGCGAGAACUCACAGACACACUGCAAGCUGAAACUGACAGUCUAGAAGAUGAGAAGUCCGCUCUGCAGACCGAAAUCGCCAACCUGAUGAAGGAGAAAGAGAGGCUCGAGUUCAUCCUGUUGGCUCACAAGCCUGCAUGCAAAGUGCCCUCUGACCUGGAUGCCGACUUUCCGGAAACCUCCGCUGCCCCUGCGCUCCCCGCCUCCGAGUCGAGUGCCGCCUCCCUGCCCUCUAGCUCACAGGAGCCCGCCGCUGCCCGCCCCGAGGCCCUCAAACUCUGCGCUGCAGAGGCCGCCCCCACGGUGAGGCUGUCCGAUCUGGACAGCUCCUUGGAGGAGUCGCUGGACCUGCUGACCGGUGGGAGGAAGGCCGGCACGGAGACGGCACGGUCGGUCCCCGACGUCGACCUGUCCGGCUCCUUCUGUGCGCAGGACUGGGAGCCCCUCUACACGCCCGCUGCCGGUGACCUGGAGCCCCUGUGCACCCCAGUGGUGACCUGCACACCCGCCUGCACCACGUACACGUCUUCCUUCGUCUUCACCUACCCUGACGCCGAGCCCCUUCCCACUUGCAGUGUGGCCCACAGGAGGGAGAGCAGCAGCAAUGACCACUCCUCUGACUCCCUCAGCUCACCCACCCUGCUAGCCUUGUGAGGGCACCUCAAAGAACUUUCGCAGGAUGCAUGAAUCCAACAUAACAGUAUCUUCAGACGCAGGGCUAUAGAAAGGACUUGUAAAAGAACCAACAUAUUUUCCUUCGUUUUACCCUUAAAAUGCCAACCAUACUUACCUCUUAAGUAUGUAGCAAAAAAAAAAAAGAAGCAUGUUUAUCAAGUUUCACGUUACAAAUUAUUGAGGCAUGUCACAACAUGCUAGGUUACAAAGUAGUUUAUUUUAAAUUGGUGCUAGAUAUUAAAGUUGUAUUAGUGCAGCUGAAUAAAAAUGUGUUAAUGGCAAUAGACUUAACUUGACGUUUGUUUUCCAGUUUACCAAAUGUGUUCUUAUUGUACAUUGUUUGAUAUUUCUAAAUGGUGUGCAUUGUUUAACCAUGGUCUGAGUGGUGGGGUAAAUCAAAGUAUACAAGAGUUUUCUGUGAAAACGCUGUGUGUUUAAUUUAUUUAUGAAAUCUGUUUCUGAUAUUUAUAUUUUUGAUUUUAUUUUUCUACUUGAAAUGCUUGUCAAAAGCAAACCAUUUAAUAUUGUUUGCUCAUUCUAACAGAAAAUAAAUAUCUCAAAACAUA